AUGGAUGUUCGGGACCUCACUCGCCUCGCCCACCGGUACCCUGUAAUCAACAAAUUCAAGUUCAAACAAAUUGCUCUUUUCAUAUGUCUUGCCACUGAUUUCAAGCAUGACAUUGCUGCUGUACACCCUUCCUCUUGCCCGACUGAAGACUCGCCGCCUCCUCUCCUGUCCAUUGUACAUGCACAGUAUCUCUGUGAGGCUACCUGCAUCCCAUAUCCUUUUGCUCAGACACUCUGGGACAUUGCAAAGAACAAUGUGUGGAGCAUGCCCAGCGCCAAGGACCAGAAGAGGGAGAUAGACAAGCUAUAUAAGACACUGGGAUGGCAUCGGGGCAUCACACGAACGGCCCUAUGGCCUCACAACACAUGGUGUAACAACUACAGCUGUCCCAGACAGGGAGAGCUUUGCCAGCUGAACUUCAAAGAGGUUGUUGUUUUCACACUUGAUGGUGUGCAGCGAGCAAAGGUGGCUCAUCUGUACUGUCCCUCAUGUUGCAUAAUGUAUUGCUGUAACUAUCGCAUCCACGACCAGGUGUCUACACACACAUACUAUGAUCAUAUACCCAAGUGGAUUGAGAUGAAUGAGCAUCACUACAUUGAGACAAAACUAGUCGAGGAGUGGACUAGUGCAAUGGUGAUUAGCGCCACUUCCGCCUCAGCAUGUGUGAAGCAGUACAUGAACAUGUAUGCGCACAGGGGCAGUUACUAUAAUCCUGACUACUUCACACAGCCUCACCUGACAAAGGUUGACACCGGUGUUCGGUUCAGCCCCAUAUUGACCACCGAACAAGUCUGGGAUGCUUUUGUUAUACUUGCCCUCCUCCGCGACCACCAUUUCCACAGUUUUGCCCUCUCUGUUCCCAAUACUGGCUUGCAACGUGUCCGAUUCAACGGCGCUAUGGACUAUCGAAACAAGUGGAUCACUCCAUCACUAUUGCAACGGAUGUAUGCAUAUCUGGCACGAGGUUGGCAAAGAUGGCCUUGA